GAAGGGGGCCUUAUCGAUACACUAGCUUACUGCAUUUAUUAGUGCUUAGACAAUAUUGUUGACAUGAUUUACGUUUAAUGGCGGAGUAAUGCAAAUUCUCAGAAGUCAUGGAGUCACUUGAGGAAAAGCCUAUAAUCUACACAAUGGAAAACAAGCCGAUUGUGACGUGUGCCGGGGACCAGGCCCUGUUUACAGCUCUCUACAGCUCACUGGCACAGCAGCUUCCCAGGGAACCAAUGGAGUGGAGAAGGUCGUAUGGGCGGGCACCAAAGAUGAUUCAUCUGGAAGCUAAUUUUGUCCAGUUCAAAGAGGAACUUCUUCCGAAAGAGGGGAACAAAGCGCUGCUCACAUUCCCCUUUCUCCACAUCUACUGGACUGACUGCUGUGACACAGAGACAUACAAGGCCUCGGUGAAGGAGGACAUGCUUAGGUGGCAGAGCACGCUACGGCACCACGGCUCGGCCGACUGGCUCAUCGUGGUGGUGGAGAGCGAUGGCAAAAAGAAGAACAAGACCAACAUCCUGCCGCGCACCUCCAUCAUGGACAAGAUCCGAAAUGACUUUUGUAACAAACAGAGUGACAGGUGCGUGUCGCUGUCGGACCCGCUGAAAGAGUCGUCUCGUUCUCAGGAGUCGUGGAAUUCGUUUCUGACCAAGCUGCGCACGCUGCUCCUCAUGUCUUUCACUAAGAACCUGGGGCGAUUCGAGGAUGACAUGCGCACGCUACGCGAGAAACGCACCGAGCCCGGCUGGAGCUUCUGUGACUACUUUAUGGUUCAGGAGGAGCUGGCGUUUGUGUUUGAGAUGCUACAGCAGUUUGAAGACGCAUUGGUCCAGUACGACGAGCUGGAUGCUCUGUUUACCCAAUAUGUGCUCAAUUUUGGUGCUGGAGAUGGGGCCAACUGGCUGAGUUCUUUCUGUCAGCCGGUGAAGAGCUGGAGCGGACUGGUGUUACGAAGGCCCAUAGACAUGGAGAAGAGGGAGCUGAUACAGCGAGGGGAGGCCAGUCUCCUGGAUCUCCGCAGCUACCUGUUCUCACGCCAGUGCACCCUGCUGAUCUUCCUCAACAGGCCAUGGGAGGUCACACAGAGAGCCUUGGAGCUGCUGCACAACUGUGUUCAGGAACUCCGACUACUGGAGGUGUCUGUGGUGCAGGGGGCACUGGAUUGCUGGGUCUUCCUGAGCUGUCUGGAGGUGCUGCAUCGCAUCGAGGGGUGCUGCGAAAGAGCCCAGCUGGAGACCAACUCUUCCCACACGGUGGGCCUGUGGACCUACGCCACAGAGAAGCUGAAGUGUCUGGGCUACUUAUGUGGUCUUGUGUCGGAGAACGGGCCCAAUUCGGAGGACCUGAACCGGACCGUGGACCUGUUGGCUGGGCUGGGGACAGAGAGGCCAGAAACAGCCAACAGCCUUCAGAGUCCAUAUAAAAAACUCAAAGAAGCCUUAUCAUCCGUGGAAACGUUUGAAAAACACUAUCUAGAGCUCUCUCAUGCUGCCAUGGAAAUGUACAGCGCGAUCGGGAGACUGAGGUCAGCUCGACUGGUCGGGAAGAGCCUGGCCGAGUUUUACAUGAGGAAGGGAGACCCCCAGAGUGCAGAAAACUUUCUCCAGGAUUCUCUAAAAUCAUAUGUGGCAGAAGGCUGGAGUUUACCAGUCACACACACCAGAAAACAGAUUGCAGAGUGCCAGAAACGACUACAGAAGACUGAGGACUAUUUGCAGACAAGUGCCCUGCUUGCAAGUGAUGCCAACCUGACUGAUGAGGAGAGAAAGCAUUUCUGCCAAGAGAUCCUGACCUUUGCCAACCAAACCACAGGGAGCCAAGGUAGGAACGUUGGCCUCAGCAUGACUGCAUUUGCUCAGUUGCGGGAGCUGCAGUUUCUCCCUCCGGCUGCGCUGGUACACGUUGGCGCCACCUUGCAGUUGGAAUUGCGUUUAUGGAGUCUGAUGCCCGUGCCCGUGCGUCUAGAGCACCUGGCAGCUAGCGUGCACUUUAAUCUGGAACAGCCGGGUUCCCGCGGCACCGCGGCCGCCCAGCGGAGGCCGGGCCAGGGCCAGGGUACCGCCGAGGGCACGGUUCAGUUUUCCACCAUCAGCCCCUCCGGAGCAGCACCCUUGGGUGCUCCUCCACCAGCCCUGGAGUUGUAUGAGAUACAAGAUCGCAGCCCGUCUGACAACUCUCUCAACUCCGCCGGUGUGGUCUGCAAAAACGUUCACCUGCUGCUACGGCGACACGACAGCGCCGCCUCCCUGGACACGCCCAACGCUUCCACCUCUGCCAUUGCCAUGGAAGACGGAGCACAGAUGCUAAAGACCAACGAUGUGACACUGUUGCCAGGCAACAACAGCAUCCUCUUUACAGCACCGACUCAGAAGCCAGGGACCUAUACUCUGCGUCAGUUGUGUGCCACAGUGGGGCGCGUGCAGUUUGUCCUUCCACACAUUUACCCCAUAGUGCAGUACGACGUCUACUCCCAGGAGCCUCAGCUCUCCAUCGAGCCUCUCACAGACAACCUGUUGGCAGGUUUACCGCAGAAAGUGAAGUUCACCAUAGUGACGGGUCACUACACAGUGAAGAAGGGUGACGCUCUCCAACUGAGUAACACAGACUCCAUGCCAAUUCUCCACACCUCCUCCUGCUCCGCACGGAUCCUGUCCAGCACCGGAGAGCUGGUUGGAGAGAGUGCACUGUCCAUCCAGUCGUCUGAAAAGGUGACGAGUAUCUCCCUGCCGCUGACCCCUCCCUACCACACACUAGAGUUCCAGCUGGAUGUCUUGUGCCAUAUCCCGUCAGCCCUUGGCCGAGCUGAGAACGAACGCCUCACUAACGGAGAAGUCCGCCAUCGAACCAAGAGCCGUAGCCGCGGCAACAGCAAAAUGGCCUCCAUAGACCAGAAGGUUUCCAUAGACUGUCCAUGGUCUAUAUACUCCACGCUAAUAUCCCUGACUUUCUACAUCCCAUUUAAAGCCAAGCACUCACUACUGUCUGCAGGAAAGAGGAAGUAUAUCCAGGUGUGCCUCCACAAUGUGUCUGACACAAACUUUCGACUGGCCAGUCAGACACUUACAGAACGACAGCAAACACCUUCUCUGCAGCUGCAUGCGCUCAACGCUAAAACCCAUCAGUUGGUGUACAGUAAGCAGUGGGUGUUUUGUCUGUGGGAAGUGAGGUGGAUCACAGAGCCCCCACCGUGUCUGCAGUGUGUUUUUUCUGCUAGCUUUGCACCUGUGGACAGUCCAGACUCAGCUCUGAAACCUUACAGCUAUGACUUCCAGGUGGAGAGAAUCUCCACUCUGUACAGUCUGAAAGCAGAGAUACGCCCUGCGGCCGGAGAGCAGCACUGUCGCACCGGCGCCCUCUGUGGGCUGGAAGUGUCAAUCACACGGCUGACCGAACCCAGUGACGCCGAGCGUGAGGAUGAGGAGUUUACAGAGAAUGAAGGUCUCCGUACCACUAGACUAAUGUAUGAGGUGGUGGAUAACAACAGCAACUGGGCUGUGUGUGGGAAAAGCUCAGGAGUGGUGUCCAUGCCAGUGGCUGCCAUGGCAACCCACAAGGUUCAGAUGGAAAUCAUGCCACUGUUUGCAGGCAACCUGCCUUUCCCCAGCAUCAAAGUGUUCAAGUACCUGCCCCACAGCGCCACACCCGCCAUCCAACCCGACACUGACAGCUGUCUGGAGAACGACAACCUCUCCCUGCUGGAUAAGGGUUUGGAGGACCAGGCCGACACAGCCAGCUUACGUAGCCGAGGGAGCGUGCACUCGCUGGGGAGCAACGAGCAGCAGCAGCAGCAGCAGAGGGGUCUCCCCAUGCCCCGGCUGGAGCCCUUCAGCCCCGGCCAGGUCUUCAACUGCAGCCAGGGACGGCAGGUCCUGGUGCUGCCCGGCACAGACGACCACAUCCUGGAGGUCAACGUCACAUGACACCCAUGGGCCGCACCCUGCAGGGCCCCACCCCACCUGCUCUGGCACCCUGGUUUCUGUGCCCCUAUUGGAGGAGGGGAGGGGCUCCAAUGUGGGGCCUUGGGGUUUCCCUCUCCCCGGACUGACAGGGCAGAAGAUGGUCGCUGGCCUGACCUGAAUGCGGAAACACAUCACUGGAGCCUGAGGAUUCAUCUGCUGUCAUAUCAUUUUGUCUUAUUUGCUCUCUCUCUCACUCUCUCUCUCUUUUUGGAAGAUUUCUUCAUCUGUUCCUUUUCUCCUUUUUUGGGCAGCACAGCAUGCAAGUGUGGAACACCCACUGCUU